UCUUUUUCCCAGUGCCUGAAUUAUUACAAGGGGUAGGGGAUAACAGAAAUGAGUAAUCUUUUUGUUUUAUAUUUUUUCUAAAUGUUUUUUCAAUAAAAUUAUUUUGCAAAUACAACUUAACCCCUUCAAUUUAAGGAGGCCACCAGCCUCCGACGACGUGACACUGGAAAAGUCAGUUUUGUACGAUAAAAUCAUGCAAAAAAACGAUAAUUUCUACAGCAUUGUACCAUAAUUUUGUUCUGGUCAUCUGGCAACACUGGUUGAGUUGAGUAUCUUUCAUUUCGUUCUGAUUUCAGUCCUAGGUACUUGGGUGAUCAACCAGUCAAAUUAGUGUUUGAAAUUAUUGUUGCUGUGUAUGAAAAAAAGUGGAAUACCAUCUCAAAAUGGAAGGUAACAGUCUCAGUUUGUUAACUCAAAAAGAAGCCGAUUUCGAAAGUGAUAUGGAAAGACAUUUGUACCAAUUUUUGUUGGACAAGAAGUAUUUCUUGAUUGUAGAAGGUGCAGUAAUACAUGUAGUAGUUAAAGUCCUAAGUAAACUGAACGACGUGAAUCUAAAUGAGUUUAACAACAACAGUAUUGCGAAAUAUUUGGGUGCUGACUGUCAAAUAGAUUUGUUGGGGCAAAAAUUAAGUGAAACAUCCACAACAGAAAGCUGCAAAAAUUUACUUGUCUGCCAUAUUAUACAAGCUGAACAAGUGGAUUUGUCCAACAUGGAAAAAGCAAUAAUUCCAAAACUGAAAGGAGAAUCUAAAAAACUAAUUAUUGUUUCACCCAAAAAUAUGUUCAACAACCUAAAAAAACUCGACUGUGGAAAGUUCCUGCUGAUUGAUGAGUUUAAUAGAAAAGUGCACGUGGACCAAUACUGGACCUUAUAUCAAAGCAUAACUUUCGGUUUUAUGGAGCAAUUGGGAAAACCCGAAAAUAGUUUCAACGUGAACGAGCCCUUGUACGUGACAAACGAAUUUCUCAUUCACAAAGCAAUUAGAGAAGGCCACAUCAAUAUUAUUUACUUUUUACUUGCCUGUGGUGCUAGCCUACAUUGCGAAGACAAAAAGGGGAGAGACCCAUUUGAAUUGGCACUCAAAAAAGGCAAUGAUAAUGACGUGAUGAAUGCUUUAUUGUACAAGCUGAAUUCUACUGAAUGGUAUGAAUUUUUACAUAGAGCUAUAAAGUCAGGCAAAAUACAAUAUCUAAAAUUGCUCUUACAAAGAAAUUUUGAUUUAAAUGAAGACAAGACUCUGCUCCAUCAAUCAGUGAAAAAUGGGCAUCUAGACAUCGUCAAAUUAUUGUUGCAAAAAGGUGCCAAUGUCGACCAUUUGGAUAGUGAUGAGAACAGUCCUUUACAUAUCGCUGUUAUCCAUAACCAUCUUCAAAUUGUCAAAUAUUUGGUUUCUCAAAAUGCCGAAAUCAAUCUGAAGAAUAUGGAAAAAAAAACACCACUAGAUUUAAGUAAAAAAUAUCCAUUGGUGAAUCAAUAUUUGCUCAGAGUAUAUAAUUUUGUUGAAUGUACUUAACAGAGUUGUAGAAAUAAAACAUUAGAA